AGGAAAUCCAAUCCAAGUGUGCCUUGAACCAUGUCGCCUGCCUUGGAACCAGCGUGUGCAUUCACUUGUCCCAGCUUUGCAACGGGGUGUUGGACUGCUCAGAUGGAUCGGACGAAGGGGCCCACUGUGAGGAGCUGCUACCCCAGUGCCAACAGAUGAAUUGCCAGUACAAGUGCGCGAUGGGAAGGAACGGCACUGGCUGUUACUGUGAAGAUGGGUAUGAAGUUGAAGAGGACCGUAGGAGCUGCAGAGACCAGGACGAAUGCGCGCUGUACGGGACGUGUAGCCAAACCUGCUCCAACACGCCGGGCUCCUUCGUCUGCGGCUGCGUAGACGGGUACCUGCUCCAGCCUGACCUCCGGUCCUGCCGGGCCAAAAGCGAAGCCAGCGACAGACCCCCGCUGCUGUUGAUCGCCAACCUGGAGGCGAUCGAAAUGCUGUAUCUGAACGGCACCAGAGUCGCCAGCCUGAGUUCCGCGAGAGGCGGCGAGAUUCAGACGCUGGAUUACGUUCACGGCGAGGAGGCGGUCUGCUGGAUCGAGUCGCGGGAGGCGGCCCAUCAGCUCAAGUGCACCCAGAUCCCGAAAGCCGGAGGGUUCGCCGGCGAGCGGCUCAUCAGCCUGCCCCAGUCCCUGCAGAAUGUCCGGCAGAUGGCAAUCGACUGGCUCACGGGGAAUUUCUACUUCGUGGACCACGUGGGCGACCGGAUCUUUGUGUGCGAUCGCAACGGGUCGGCCUGUGUAACCCUGGUGAGCCUGGAUCUGUGUAACCCCAGGGCCAUCGCCCUCGACCCCACCGCCGGAAAACUUUUCUUCACCGACUACGGGAAUGUGGCUAAGGUCGAGAGAUGCAACAUGGAUGGGACCAACCGGACCAGGAUCGUGGACUCCAAGGCAGAGCAGCCCACCGCCCUGGCUCUGGACCGGAUCGGCCGGCUGCUGUACUGGGUGGACACUUACCUGGACUACGUGGCCGUGGUGGACUACCAAGGGAAGAACCGGCGGACGGUCGUCCAGGGCCGACAGGUGAUGCAUCUUUAUGAUCUGACCGUGUUUGAAAACUACCUGUACGCGACCAAUGUGGAUCAUUCCAGUGUCAUACGCAUAAACCGAUUCAACGGCACAGACGUCCAGCCCGUCGUCACCAUGGAGAACGCCCGCGGGAUCCACGUCUACCAAAAGAGGGCCCGGCCAACAGUGCGGGGCCAGGCGUGUGAGGACGACCCCCUCGGCGUGCCCGGUGGGUGCUCCCACCUCUGUCUUCUCGGCAGCAGCCACAAGACGCGGGCGUGCCGCUGCCGGACCGGCUUCACCCUGGGCAACGACGGCCGCUCCUGCAAACGACCGAAGCACGCGCUCUUCCUCUUCUACGGGAAGGGCCGGCCCGGGAUCGUGCGCGGGAUGGACCCGCACGCCAAGAUGGCAGACGAGGUCAUGAUCCCCAUCGAGAACCUGGUCAGCCCGCGCGCCCUGGACUUUCACGCCGCCGCCAAUUACAUCUACUUCGCCGACACCACCAGCUUCCUCAUCGGCAGGCAGAAGGUCGACGGCACCCAGAGGGAGACCGUUCUCAAAGAUGAUCUGGAGAACGUGGAGGGCAUCGCCGUGGACUGGAUCGGCAACAACCUGUACUGGACAAACGACGGCCGCCGCAAAACCAUCAGCGUGGCCCGGCUGGAGAAAGCAUCGCAGAGUCGGAAGACGCUGUUGGAGGGGGAGAUGUCCCAUCCCAGGGCCAUCGUGGUCGAUCCGGUCAAUGGCUGGAUGUACUGGACAGACUGGGAGGAGGAUGAGAUCGACGACAGCGUGGGCCGGAUAGAGAGGGCCUGGAUGGACGGCUCAGAACGGCAGAUCUUUGUGACGUCCAGGAUGCUGUGGCCCAAUGGCCUGACCCUGGAUGGCCAGACCGGAGCACUCUAUUGGUGCGAUGCCUACUACGACCACAUCGAGAGGAUCUUCCUCAAUGGGACCAACCGGAAGGUCAUGUACAGCGGGAAGGAGCUGAACCACCCCUUCGGGCUGGCCCACCACGGGGACCUGGUGUUCUGGACCGACUACAUGAACGGCUCCAUCUUCCAGCUGGACGUGACCAUGGGGACCGUGGCCCUGCUCAGGAGGGAGAGACCGCCUUUGUUCGGACUCCAGAUCUAUGACCCUCGCAAGCAGCAAGGAGACAACGCCUGUAGACUCAACAACGGGGGAUGCGGCACCCUGUGUCUGGCCACACCUGCGGGCAGAGUUUGUGCUUGUGCUGACAACCAGCUUCUGGACGAGAACGGUACAACCUGCACCUUCCCCCCCGGCGAGACCCUUCCCGACACCUGCCGGCCCGCGGAGUUCCGCUGCAGAAACCGACGCUGCAUCCGGGACCGGUGGCGUUGCGAUGGAGAUGACGACUGUUUGGAUGGCAGCGACGAAGACGCUGUGACUUGCUUCAAUCACAGCUGUCCCGACGAUCAGUUUAAGUGCCAGAAUAAUCGCUGUAUCCCCAAGAGAUGGCUUUGUGACGGAGCUGAUGACUGUGGCGGGAACGAAGAUGAAUCCAAUCAGACCUGUGCAGCGAGAACCUGCCAAGCUGACCAGUUUUCCUGCGGGAAUGGGCGCUGCCUCCCCCGGACGUGGCUUUGUGACCGGGAGGACGACUGUGGGGACAAUUCUGACGAGAUGGCAUCCUGCGAGUUCCCGACCUGUGACCCGCUCGCUCAGUUUGUCUGUGGGAAUGGAAGAUGUAUCAGCAGCAAGUGGCGAUGUGACUCAGACGACGACUGCGGCGACGGGAGUGAUGAGCUGGGCUGCGUCCACGCGUGCUCCGACGGCCAGUUCCGCUGCUCCAGCGGCCGCUGCAUCCCGGGCCACUGGGCGUGUGACGGAGAGAACGACUGCGGGGACUUCAGCGACGAGGCACCGGCCUCCUGUUCCACAGGAGAGGUUGGUGCCCCUGGAGGGUGCCGCCCCCAGGAGUUCCAGUGUCUCCCUGAUGGAAACUGCGUGCCCAACCUGUGGCUCUGCGAUGGUGAGAAGGACUGCGAAGACGGCAGUGAUGAAAAGGGCUGCAACGGGACCCUCCGGGCAUGUGACCGGAAAACCAAGUUCUCCUGCCGGUCGACAGGGCGCUGCAUUAACCGGGCAUGGGUGUGUGACGGAGACCUGGACUGCGAGGACCGGUCGGACGAGGAGAGCUGCGAGGUCUCUCUGUGCGGGCCACCCCGAUAUCCCUGUGCCAAUGACAGCUCUGUCUGCCUGCCACCCGAGGACCUGUGCGAUGGGCGGCCUCACUGCCCGGACGGAUCUGACGAAGGUCACCUCUGCGAUGAGUGCUCUCUGAGCAACGGCGGCUGCAGCCACCACUGUGCCGUGGUCCCCGGGAGAGGGGUCGUGUGCUCGUGCCCCUCGGGCCUGCAGCUGAGCACAGAUGGCAAAACCUGCGACACCGUGGAUUACUGCAGCAGCCACCUCAAGUGUGCCCAGGUGUGCGAGCAGCAGGAAGGUGCCGUGAGAUGCUCGUGCUACGGAGGGUGGGAGCUGAACGCGGAUGGGGAGAGCUGCACCAGCAUCGAUCCCUUUGAGGCCUUCAUCAUCUUCUCCAUCCGCCAUGAGAUCCGCAGAAUCGACCUGCACAAGGGGGAUUACAGCCUGCUGGUGCCCGGCCUGAGGAACACCAUCGCCCUGGACUUCCACUUCAACCACAGCCUGCUCUACUGGACCGACGUGGUGGAGGACCGGAUUUACCGCGGCCAGCUCUCGGAGAGCGGAGGAGUGGGUGCCAUUGAGGUGGUGGUGGAGCACGGCUUAGCCACCCCCGAGGGCCUGACCGUCGACUGGGUCGCCGGAAACGUCUACUGGAUCGACAGCAACCUGGACCAGAUCGAAGUGGCUAAGCUGGACGGCACCUUGAGAGCCACGCUGAUCGCCGGGGCCAUGGAGCACCCCCGAGCCAUCGCCCUGGACCCGCGGUUCGGACUCCUCUUCUGGACAGACUGGGACGCCACUUUUCCGCGCAUUGAAUCUGCCUCCAUGAGCGGCGCUGGCAGAAAGACCAUCUACAAAGACAUGAAGUCGGGGGCGUGGCCCAAUGGGUUGACCGUGGACCACUUUGAGAAAAGAAUCAUCUGGACAGAUGCCCGGUCCGACGCCAUUUACUCCGCUCUCUACGAUGGGACAGGGGUGUUGGAGAUCAUCCGUGGGCACGAGUACCUUUCCCAUCCCUUUGCCGUGUCCGUGUUUGGGAGUGAGGUCUACUGGACGGACUGGAGGACCAACACCCUGUCCAAAGCCAACAAGUGGACGGGGCAGAACGUCAGUGUGAUCCAGAAGACCAGCGCCCAGCCCUUUGACCUCCAGAUCUACCACCCGAGCCGCCAGCCCCCCGCUCCCAACCCCUGUGCGGCGAAUGGCGGCCGAGGCCCGUGUUCCCACCUGUGUCUCAUCAAUCACAACGGCAGCGCCGCCUGCACCUGCCCCCACCUGACGAAGCUGUCCCCGGACAAGAGGACGUGCUACGAAAUGAAAAAAUUUCUCCUUUAUGCAAGGCGCUCGGAAAUCAGAGGAGUGGACAUAGACAAUCCUUAUUUCAAUUUCAUCACUGCCUUCACGGUCCCCGACAUCGAUGACGUCACGGUCGUAGACUUUGACGCGGCCGAGGAACGUUUGUACUGGACCGAUAUAAAGACCCAGACGAUCAAGCGCUCUUUCAUUAACGGCACCGGCUUGGAAACGGUCAUCUCGAGAGACAUCCAGAGUAUCAGAGGGCUGGCUGUGGAUUGGGUGUCCCGCAAUCUCUACUGGAUCAGCUCCGAGUUUGAUGAAACACAAAUCAACGUGGCUCGGUUAGAUGGUUCUCUGAAAACCUCCAUUAUCCACGGCCUGGAUCGGCCACAGUGCUUAGCGGCUCACCCAGCCAGGGGGAAGCUAUACUGGACUGACGGGAACACUAUAAACAUGGCAAACAUGGAUGGCAGCAACAGCAAAAUCCUCUGCCAAAACCAGAAAGACCCAGUGGGUCUGUCGAUAGACUAUGUGGAGAACAAGCUUUAUUGGAUCAGCUCGGGAAAUGGCACCAUCAAUAGAUGCAACCUGGAUGGGGGUAAUUUAGAGGUGAUCGAGUCAAUGAAAGAAGAAUUAACAAAGGCCACAGCGCUGACCAUCAUGGGGGAGAAGCUGUGGUGGGCAGACCAGAAUCUGGCCCAGCUGGGCACCUGUAACAAACGGGAUGGCGGCAACCCCAGCGUCCUGCGCAAUAAAACUUCAGGAGUCGUGCACAUGAAGAUUUACGAUAAGGAGGCCCAGCAGGGGAGCAAUUCCUGCCGGCUGAACAACGGCGGCUGUUCCCAGCUCUGCCUGCCCACGGCGGAGACCUCGAGGACCUGCAAGUGCACAGUGGGCUACCACCUGCGGGAGGACCAGAUGUCCUGCCAAGGUAUCGAGUCCUUCCUUAUGUAUUCAGUCCAGGAGGGGAUCAGAGGGAUCCCGCUGGAACCCAGCGACAAAAUGGAUGCCCUGAUGCCUGUGUCGGGGACAUCAUUCGCCGUGGGCAUAGAUUUCCACGCAGGCAAUGAUACGAUCUACUGGACAGACAUGGGCUCCAACAAAAUCAGCCGGGCGAAGCGAGAUCAGACGUGGAAGGAAGACAUCGUGACCAAUGGCUUGGGGCGAGUGGAAGGAAUAGCCGUCGACUGGAUGGCCGGUAACAUAUACUGGACCGAUCAUGGCUUCAAUUUGAUCGAGGUUGCAAGACUCAAUGGCUCAUUCCGAUAUGUCAUUAUUUCCCAGGACCUGGAUCAGCCCCGGUCUAUUGCGGUGCACCCCAAGAAAGGGCUCCUGUUCUGGUCCGAAUGGGGACAGACCCCCAGGAUAGGCAAAGCACGUCUGGAUGGAUCUGAGAAGAUGGUCCUCGCCAGCUCGGGGAUGGCCUGGCCUAACGGGAUCUCCGUGGACUACCAGGAGAAUAAGCUGUAUUGGUGCGAUGCCCGCACGGACAAGAUCGAACGGCUGGACCUCGAGCGUGGAGGGGAGCGGGAGGUGAUCCUGUCGGGAAGCCACGUGGACCUGUUUUCCGUAGCGGUCUUCGGAGCGUACAUCUACUGGUCCGACAGAGCGCAUGCCAAUGGGUCCAUCCGGAGGGGCCACAAAGGCGAUGCCACCGACGCCGUCACCAUGCGGACUGGCCUGGGGGUCAACCUGAAGGAGGUGAAGGUGUUUAACCGUGCCAGAGAGAAAGGGACCAAUAUCUGCAUGGAGGACAAUGGGGGAUGCCAGCAACUGUGUUUGUAUCGGGGAGGCGGGCAGCGGGCCUGUGCAUGUGCCCACGGCGACCUGGCCGCUGACAGGGCCACCUGCCUGCGGCCCGACGGCUACCUGCUCUAUUCGGGGAGGACCGUCCUCAAGAGCAUCCACCUCUCGGACGAGAACAACCUGAACGCGCCCGUCCGACCGUUCGAGAACCCCCAGUUCUUCCGGAAUGUGAUCGCGCUGGCCUUCGACUACAGCCUCCGGGGCACGGGCAGCAAUCGCAUCUUCUUCAGCGACGCCCACUUCGGCAACAUCCAGCUGAUCAGCGACAACUGGGACGGCAGGCAGAUCGUCGUAGAGAAUGUAGGGUCGGUGGAAGGACUGGCGUACCACCGAGGCUGGGAUGCUCUGUACUGGACCAGUUCGACCACGUCAUCCAUCACCAGGCAUACGGUGGACCAGAGGCGACCCGGAGCCUUCCGCAGGGAAGCGGUCAUCACCAUGGCCCAGGACGACCACCCCCACGUUUUGGCGCUGGAUGAAUGCCAGAACCUGAUGUUCUGGACCAACUGGAAUGAGCAGCACCCGAGCGUCAUGCGCUCCUCACUGGCCGGGAGCAGUGCCCAGGUGGUUGUCGGCACGGACAUCCUCACCCCAAACGGGCUGACGGUUGACCACCGGGCGGAGAAGCUGUACUUUGCCGACGGCAGCCUGGGCAAGAUCGAGCGGUGCGAAUACGACGGAUCGCAGCGAUACGUCAUUGUCAAGUCGGGGCCGGGCACCUUCCUCAGCCUGGCGGUCUCAGGCAACUACAUCUUCUGGUCGGACUGGGUGCGGCGUGCCAUCCUGCGUUCCAACAAGUACACGGGAGGAGACACCCGCGUCCUGCGCGCCGACAUCCCCCACCAGCCCCUGGGCAUCGUCGCCGUGGCCAACGACACCAACAGCUGUGAACUCUCACCCUGUUCUGUACUGAACGGAGGCUGCCAUGACCUGUGCCUCGUGACUGCUGACGGGAGGGUCAAUUGCUCCUGCAGGGCCGAUCGAAUCCUGCUCGAUGACAACAGAUGUGUGACUCCAAAUUCCUCCUGUAACACGGACACUGAGUUCGAAUGUGGCGACGGCACCUGCAUUGACUACUGGCUGACCUGCGAUGGCACGGCACAGUGUGCGGACCGGUCAGACGAGAGGCCACUGUUCUGUGAAAACCGGAGCUGCCAGAAAGGCUUCCAGCUCUGCUCCAACCGGCGCUGUGUGCCAAGUAGCCGGCUGUGUGACGGGACAGACGACUGUGGGGACAACUCCGACGAGGUGGACUGCAGGGUUCGAAACAAACACAAAUGUGAAGACAAUUAUUUUGGUUGUCCUAGUGGGAGAUGCAUUUUGAACGCCUGGUUAUGUGACGGGCAGAAAGACUGUGAAGACGGGGUUGAUGAAGUCCACUGUGAUUCCUCCUGUUCCUGGAACCAACUGGCCUGUUCCGACCAGAAGUGCAUCUCUAAGCAGUGGCUGUGUGACGGGGAGGAGGACUGUGGGGACGGCUUGGACGAGAGCGAUGACAUCUGCGGAGCCGUCACCUGCGCCGCCGACAUGUUCAGCUGCCCCGGCUCCCGCACCUGCGUCCCGCGCGGUUGGCUCUGCGACGGCGAGAGAGACUGUCCCAACGGCAGCGACGAGCUGUCCACUGCAGGCUGCGCCCCCAACAACAGCUGCGACGGGAACACCUUCGCCUGCCGGAACCAAGCCUGCAUACCCCGGGCGUUCAUGUGCGAUCGCGACGACGACUGUGGGGAUGGCUCGGACGAGUCCCCAGAAUGCAGCUACCGGCCGUGUGGCCCCGAGGAAUUCCGCUGCGCGGACGGGCGGUGCCUGCUCAGUCUCCGGUGGCAGUGCGACGGUGACUUUGACUGCCCAGACCGCUCCGACGAAGCCCCUGUAAACACAAAGUGCCAAAGUGCAGAACAGUCGUGCAACUCGUCAUUCUUUAUGUGCCGAAACGGCAGAUGCGUUGCCAGCGGGAACCUCUGCGAUGCGGAGGAUGACUGCGGGGAUGGUUCGGAUGAGCGCGACUGCCACAUCAACGAGUGCCUCAGUAAGAAGGCCAGCGGCUGCUCCCAGGAUUGCCAGGACCUCCCCGUGGGGUACAAGUGCAAGUGCUGGCCCGGCUUCCAGCUGAAGGAAGAUGGGAAAACGUGUGUGGAUGUGGAUGAAUGCGCCUCUGGCUUCCCCUGCAGUCAGCGCUGCGUCAACACCUUCGGCACCUUCCAGUGCCUCUGUGCCCCUGGUUACGGGCCACAGCCUGGAAACCCACAUGCCUGCAGGGCCAUCUCGGAGGACGCGCCCUUCCUGAUCCUCGCCGACCAACACGAGAUCAGAACAGUCAGCACCGAUGGCUCCAACUACACGCUGCUCAAACAGGGAUUAAACAACGUGAUCGCUAUCGACUUUGAUUAUAGAGAAGAGUUCAUCUAUUGGAUUGAUUCCAGCAGGCCUAACGGCAGCAGGAUAAAUAGGAUGUAUCUGAACGGGAGUGACGUCAAGGUUGUGCACAACACCGCUGUCCCCAACGCGCUGGCUGUCGACUGGAUCGGAAAGAAUCUCUAUUGGUCUGACACGGAAAAGAGGAUCAUUGAGGUGUCAAAGCUCGACGGGCUGUACCCCACGGUCCUCGUGAGCAAGAGGCUGAAGUUUCCCAGAGAUCUCUGUGUUCACCCUCAAGCUGGGUAUUUGUACUGGAUUGACUGCUGCGAAUAUCCUCACAUUGGGCGAGUUGGUAUGGAUGGCACCAAUCAAAGCGUCGUCAUAGAAACAAAGAUUUCCAGACCCGUGGCGCUUACAAUAGAUUAUGUCAAACAGCGCAUCUACUGGGCUGAUGAAAAUCACAUUGCGUUCAGUGACAUGGAUGGCUCGCGCCGAUAUGAAGUCACUGACCAAGACGUCCCCGGGGUGAUGGCGCUGACGCUGUUUGAAGACUACAUCUACUGGACGGAAGGGAAGACCAGAUCUCUCUGCCGGGCGCACAAGACCUCCGGAGCAGACCGGCUGUCCCUGAUCCCCUCCUGGCAUGCCAUCGCUGACAUCCAGGUGUAUCAUUCCCACCGACAACCUGACGUCUCCAAGCACGUCUGUGCGGUGGACAAUGGCGGAUGCAGCCACCUGUGCCUCCUGGCUCCGGGACGGACCCACACCUGCGCGUGCCCCACCAACUUCUACCUAGCGGCUGACCUCAGGACCUGCCUGUCCAACUGCACCUCCAGCCAGUUCCGUUGCAAGACGGACAAAUGCAUCCCGUUUUGGUGGAAAUGCGACACGGUGGACGACUGCGGAGAUGGGUCGGAUGAGCCGGCGGACUGUCCGGAGUUCAGGUGCCAGCCUGGACGCUUUCAGUGUGGCACGGGGCUGUGUGCGCUGCCCGCCUUCAUCUGUGACGGGGAGAACGACUGCGGCGACAACUCAGACGAGCUCAACUGUGACACCCACGUCUGCCUGUCCGGCCAGUUCAAGUGCUCCAAGAGCCAGAAAUGCAUCCCCUGGAACCUCCGCUGCAACGGGCACGAGGACUGCGGUGACGACGAGGACGAGAGGGAUUGCCCGGAAAAUAGCUGCUCCCCUGACCACUUCCAGUGCCAGACCACGAAGCACUGCAUCUCCAGGCUGUGGGUGUGUGAUGAGGACCUGGACUGUGCCGACGGGUCCGAUGAGGCCAACUGUGGGAAGAAGACUUGUGGCCCCCAUGAGUUCCAGUGCCAGAACAGCAACUGCAUCCCCGACCACUGGCGCUGCGACGGGCAGAACGACUGCGGAGACGCAUCCGACGAGGAGAGCUGCAAACCCCAGACCUGCAUGAUCAAAGACUUCCUAUGUGCCAAUGGGGACUGCGUGGCGUCGAAGUUCUGGUGUGAUGGAGACUACGACUGUGCCGAUGGCUCAGAUGAGAGAGACUGUGUGGCGGGGUGCACUAAGGACCAGUUCCAGUGUGCCAGCGGGCAGUGCAUCUCGCUCCGGUGGCGGUGCGAUGGGCACGAAGACUGCAAGUUUGGCGAUGAUGAGAAAGCGUGUGAACCAGCCUCUCCGACCUGCUCUUCCAGCGAAUACGUCUGUGCCGGGGGAGCCUGCAUCCCAGCCUCCCUGAGGUGCAAUGGAGACGCUGACUGUGUCGACGGUUCAGAUGAGGUAGGCUGUGUGGCGGAGUGCAGAGAAGACCAGUUUGGGUGCAGAAACCAGGCCGGCUGCAUCCCUGUCCGCUGGCUCUGUGACGGGGUCCAGGACUGUGUGGACGGCAGUGACGAAGGAAACUGUGCCAGGGGUGGAGACAUAUGUCGAGCAGAUGAGUUUCUUUGUAAUAAUUCCCUCUGCAAACUACGCUCCUGGGUAUGUGACGGGGAAGACGACUGCGGAGAUAACUCUGACGAAGCCCCUGCGAUGUGUGCACGGUUUCUGUGCCCCCCCGCCCGGCCCCACCGCUGCCGUCACGGCCGCGUAUGCCUGAGCCCGGAGCAGCUGUGCAACGAGGUAGACGACUGCGGAGAUAACUCGGAUGAAGACCUUUGCGGGGACCAGUUGGUGCGGAGAGUACGGCCGUGUACGAAGGACGAGUUCACGUGUGGUGAUGGGGCCUGCCUCCCCGUGGAGCUGCAGUGUGACCGCUUUGAAGAUUGCGCAGACGGCUCUGACGAACGGGCCUGCAGGACAAUUCCCACUGCCUAUGCCUGUGAAGAUAAUGUGAACCCAUGUGGAGAUGGUGCAUAUUGUAAUCAAACCAAAACAUCUGUUUUCUGUCAUUGCAAGCCUGGAUUUCAGAGAAACAUGACAAACAGACAGUGCGAAGACAUCGAUGAGUGCUUGGUGUUUGGAACCUGUUCCCAUCAGUGUGUUAAUGUCAAAGGGUCCUACAAAUGUGUGUGUGACCAAAAUUACCAGGAGCAAAAUCACACCUGCAGAGCCAAAGGCUCUGAAGAUCAAGUUCUCUACAUUGCUAAUGACACUGAUAUCCUGGGUUUUAUAUAUCCAUUCAACUACAGUGGCGAUCAUCACCAAAUUUCUCAUAUUGAACAUAAUUCAAGGAUAACAGGGAUGGAUGUGUAUUAUCCAAGGGAUAUGAUUAUUUGGAGUACUCAGUUUAACCCAGGAGGGAUUUUCUACAAAAGGCUCCCCGGUGGAGAUAGCGGACGGACAGCCAGUGGUUUGAUCUGCCCGGAAUUCAAAAGACCCCGGGACGUUGCCGUGGACUGGGUCGCUGGGAAUAUCUACUGGACUGACCACUCACGCAUGCACUGGUUCCUUUAUUAUACCACCCACUGGACCAGCCUGAGAUACUCCAUCAAUGUCGGCCAACUGGACGGGCCCAACUGCACCAGGCUUCUCACCAAUAUGGCAGGCGAGCCCUACGCCAUCGCUGUGAAUCCCCCCAAAGGGAUGAUGUACUGGACGGUGGUGGGGGAUCGUCCCCACAUUGAAGAGGCAGCUAUGGACGGCACGUUGAGGAGGGUGUUGGUCCAGAAGAAUCUCCAGAGACCCACAGGUCUGGCUGUGGACCCGUCCGGCCAGCGCCUCUACUGGGCCGACAUAGAGCUGUCGGUCAUCGGGAGCGUGCUCUUCGACGGCUCAGGCGCCGUGGUCGCCGUCAGCAGCAAACACGGACUUCUGCACCCACACAGAAUUGACAUUUUUGAGGAUUUUAUCUACGGAGCGGGGCCCAAAGCCGGCGCCUUCCGAGUGGAGAAAUUUGGGCGGGGCCCAGUGGACUACCUGCACUUGGACGUCGAUAAGACGAGAGGUGCUUUGCUGUCCCACCGCCACAAGCAGCGCGAGGCUCCCAACCCGUGCCUGCGCUUGACCUGCGAGUUUCUCUGCCUCCUCAACCCCAGUGGAGCCACGUGUGCGUGUCCCGAAGGGAAAUCCUGGCUCAACGGAACAUGCAGCGACGAGACCCUGGCAGAUGAUUCUUGCAAAUUGAUGUGCGAAAAUGGUGGAAAGUGUGUCACGAAUGAGAAGGGGGAUCGGAGAUGUCACUGUUGGCCCAGUUACUCGGGAGAAAAAUGUGAAACCAACCAGUGCACCGGCUACUGCCACCACGGAGGCACCUGCAAGGCAUCCGCACUGGGGAGACCCACCUGCAGCUGCACGCGGGGGUUCACGGGGCCCGACUGCAGCCAGACCAUCUGUGACCACUUCUGUCAGAGUGGGGGCACCUGCAGGGUCACUCCCGGGAACCAGCCGCACUGCCACUGCCCGCCGGAGUUCACCGGGGACCGAUGCCAACACCAUGUGUGCCACCAGUACUGCGUGAACUCCGAGUCCUGUUCGAUCGCGGAGAACGGGGCCGUGGACUGUGUCUGCCCGGAGCGCUUCGAAGGCCCCAGGUGUGAAGUGGACAAGUGUGGGCGGUGCCAGGGAGGACAGUGCCUAGUCGGCCAGGGCACCGACGGCAUCACGUGCAACUGCACGAACGGAAAAGUGGCCUCCAGCUGCCAGCUCUGUGACGGCUACUGCUACAACGGUGGUGUGUGCCGGCUGGACCCAGAGACCAACGUGCCUGUGUGCUUAUGCUCUGCGGGGUUUAAAAGUCAGCGCUGUGACCAGAAAGUCAACCCUUGCGAUUACCACUGUCAGAAUGAGGGCGUUUGCACUUUAACCGCCUUUAAUGAGCCGAGAUGCAAGUGCUCUGCCAACUGGUCCGGUGCCCAGUGUGAGAGACCAGCCCCCAAGAGCAGCACCUCUGACCACAUCGGUACCAGAAGCAUCGCCAUCAUUGUUCCUCUUGUUCUCUUAGUGACACUGAUUACCACUCUUGUGAUUGGCUUGCUGCUUUGUAAAAGAAAACGAAGAACUAAAACCAUUCGCCGGCAACCUAUUGCCAAUGGUGGCAUCAACGUGGAGAUUGGGAAUCCAUCCUACAACAUGUAUGAGGUGGACCCUGACCCUAAUGACCGAGGCCUCUUGGAUCCUGAUUUCCUCAUCGACCCAGCCAAGGCAAGGUACAUAGGGGGCGGAGGGCCAGGCGUAUUCAAGCUUUCGCACAGCGCACCACCCAGCUACCUAAACUCUGACUUGAAAGGACCGCUUGCGGCAGGGCCAAUGAACUACGCCAACCCCGUGUACGCCAAGCUAUACCUCGAUGGCCCAAACUGCCGCAACUCCUUAGGAAGCGUGGAUGAGAGGAAAGAACUUCUUCCAAAGAAAUUAGAAAUUGGAAUGAGGGAGACGGUGGCGUAAUCUGCCGAGACUUUUAUAUGCUGUAUAAAUGUAUAAAAUAUAAGGAUUACUUUUCUAUGUACCAACCGUAUAUUCUACUUGUUUGGGAAUCGGCAUCGCCUCUUUCUUUUCCUCCUUGGUUUUGGGUUCAAUUGUUUUCUGUUUGGGAUUUGUUUUUGCUGAUGACUAUUGACUGACCAUUUGUACGGUAUUUUUAUGAAAAAGAAACUGCACUACAGUACGAUUUACAACGAUGCUGCUGAUAGAACACACCUUCGAAUUUGUUAAAAUUUAAAAAAGAAAAGCAUAUUCCUUUAUAGUGUGAAUAUGAGCAAUCUAUUUUGUAUGAACUUUUUGGGUUCUACUUAAUCAACAAAGAUGUUCUCUGCACUUUUUCAUUCAGGAACCCGAAUGCUGUAAUAUGUAGAGUGUAUCUUUCUUUUCUCUUUUUCCUUCCUGUUAAAAAGGGUGAGAGAACAGUCAGAUGGUCUAUUCUCUUCUUUGCGCCCAUUCGAACCUCCUUCAGAGCCCGAUCAAAGUAGGUAACCAACUUCAUGAUUCCAGUAGUCUUCACUUCGGGAGUCAGUCUUAGGUUGUCCUGCAAGUAAACACGACUUCCCAGAAAAGCUCUUAUGCUUCACCUGAAGUCAAGAGAUUCGGCUUCGGAAGCUCAGUGGCAUUUCUCCCAUACGCUAUUUGUCCUAUGCGUACUGUGGCAGCCCCAUUUAUGGCACUUGGGGCACAGGGAAAGGCAGAGUGCCACACGCUUAUUCAGCCUCCUGCCACCCCCUAGCCAUUGCCCAGGAGAAAACCCACACAAGCACACACAGUGACCAUGGGAGUCCACAGUCUUUGCCCCAGGGUCGGGAGGAACCGAUUGGAGCAGGGACCACUGUAGCAAACACCCUAGUCUCCCACCCAGAGCAGAGAAUCUUUCAAUACUCUGUAACAAACUUUAAAUGUGGAGAGGUUAAGUGUUGGACAACUUACUUUCUGUUCUAAAAAAAAUGUAAUUCCCCUUCUUUUUUGUUUUUGACCAAAAAGAAGAAUACCGGGUGUUUUAGUUAUACAAAAAAAUAUAUAUAUAUAUAUAUAUAUCACAUUUUUAUACCUAAAGGCACAAAAGAUUUAUUCACAAGGUACUGAGGAGGGCUUAUCUCCUCUGAAAGACAUGACUGACAUUUCACUGUCCUAAUGUAUUAACCUAAGAGAUGAGAUGUUUGUGUGUGGCUUCACCUACUACCCUUUGUAUACGCAUUAAAAACUGCUGUUUUAUAAAAUAUUUUUUUUGUUGUACUAUGUGCAUGCCUACUACCUAUUUCUAAACCUUGCCAUAUGGAGGCCUUUCUAAACGAUUGAUUUAUGUAAUACUAGUGCAAUUUUGCUUGAACAAUGUUAUGCAUAUCAUAAACCUUUUCAGGUUCUUGUUUGAGUACAUUUUUUAAAUUGAACAGUAUUUUUCAUUUUGGUUAUAAUAGUCAUUUUGCCUAUGUUUCUACAAUGAAGUGUUAAAUACUUUAUAAAAAAUUGUUGACUGACUUAUUUAAAUGAAAUUCUACAUAUUUAA